AUGGCACCUCGACGCGUGCAGCGUGCUGGCUCCCAAGUCACCCGAAACACCGAGAAUUCUGUCAACCCCGUCUCAGAGAAUACCGCAUCUAUCCAAGCACAACCUGAUGCUUCGAUGAAUCCGGGCCCAGCUGAAGAAACAGUUGAGGAAACAGCUGUGUUGCAAGGCGAUAGCCCUCGAAAAGGGCUACUGGAGCUUAUCGAUUAUGAGAAACGCAUCCAAGAAAACCGAAGUGCAACAAUUUCGCGGCCAGAAUCCAAUAUAAGCACACCCGACCAUGGAAUACCACAAGAAACCGCACCCCAGCCUAUGCCAGAGCCCACGCACGCAUUGAAACCGCCAGCACCCCCAGCACAUGUCUCGGAAUACAUGGGAAAGAACAUGCAGGAAUAUCAGACAUUUAUCGCACGCAUGGAAACCCAUUUCGAACGAAAUCGCUACUACUUUACUAAUGAUACGACGAAAGUGGUGGAAGGUACGGCACAUCUAUGCGCAACAUUUAUCCGCCUAUGGAGGCAACACGAGGAGGAAGUCGCCGAUAAACCUACCUGGGAGGACUUUCGCAAUUUCUACUACGCCAAUUAA